AUGCCCUCAGGUCAAGGCAACGGCACUAAGCCCAUCCACAACAAGAAGCCCAAGAAGGCUGUCAAGGACGAGGACGAGGAUGAUGUCGCAUUCAAAGCCAAGCAGGCUGCCGACAAGAAGGCCCGCGAGGAGAUGGCCAAGAAGGCUGGCGGCAAAGGCCCUCUGAACACUGGCGGCCAGGGCAUCAAGAAGAGUGGAAAGAAAUGA